UCACACGUCCUUAACACAACUCGAUUUUUAUUACAUGUCCAAAGAUGUCUGCCACCAGGUACCGUCGGUUCCUGAAGCUGUGUGAGGAAUGGCCACGGGACGAGGCCAAGAAAGCCCGGGAUUUAGGGACGUUUCUGCGGCAGAGAGUAGCCUCAGCCUUCCGUGAGGGUGAAAACACACAGAUCUCAGAUCCAGAGAAGUGCGACCAGAUAUAUGAAAGUUUGGCCCGCAUUAACGGCAACUACUACAGACAACGAUUUCCUCGUGUAAGAGACACAAGCUUUACUGGAGUUACGGUGGAAGAGUGUAAAUUACUUUUAUCAGGGAAUGUGCAACAGAUGGACGAGGAGAAAAAGGGUUUGUGGAAGACGUUAAUGGAGAGAUUCGGCAAGUCACCGGAAGACGUUCCCGAGAAAGCUCCUGAGAAAUAGUUUUUUUCCCUCUCACUCUUUUCUUUUCUCACUGCAUGUAUAGAAAUAAAGCUUAUUGUUGUUAUCUUUA